AUGUCGAGUGAUGAUAAGAACAAGUCCAGUGACCCCAAGAAUGAGCCCAAGUACUGUGACCCCAGAUGUGAACAAAAGUGUGAGGCCAAAUGCCAGCCCAGCUGUCUAAGGAAGCUGCUGCAGCGCUACUCUGACAAGUGUUCACUGAAGUGCCCACCACCACCGAAGUGCCCCCCUUGUCCCCCGUGUCCGCCAUGCCCCCUGCAAUGUCCACCACCAUGCCCCACCAUGACUUCCGUCUCGGAGGACUCGCUUUGUUCUCUGGUGGUGGUCACACAGCACUGUACCAAGAAGCAAUCCUUGGCCGUGAGAGCUCCAGGGGCCCCACAGCCUCUGCCUGUUGCUUAG